AUGUGGGCGGAGCUCGGUGGGCGUGGUCUGUUUAAUACAGAUGCGCUCCUCGCGCGCCCUGCGUUCAGCGGCCAGCGGAGCGGACGGACGGACGGAAGCAUGACCAGCAGCAGCUGCGAUGUGGUGGUGGUGGGAGCGGGGAUCUCAGGGCUGAGUGCUGCCAAGCUGCUAAAGGCCAGCGGGCUGAAUCCUGUGGUUCUGGAGGCCAGGGAUCGAGUCGGUGGUCGCACCUUCACUGUGCGGAACAAGGAGACCAAGUGGGUGGAUCUGGGCGGGGCCUAUGUCGGGCCCACCCAGAACCGGAUCCUGCGCCUGGCUAAGGAGUACGGCAUUAAGACCUACAAGGUCAACGAGCAGGAGCACCUUGUCCAUUACGUCAAUGGAAAGUCUUACCCGUUCAAAGGUUCCUUCCCUCCCAUGUGGAACCCCAUCGUCUACAUGGACUUUAAUAACCUCUUCAGGACCAUGGACCAGAUGGGCAUGGAGAUCCCCAGAGAGGCGCCAUGGAGAGCGCCUCACGCCGUGGAGUGGGACAACAUGACCAUGCAGCAGCUGUUCGACAAAAUCUGCUGGACCAGCGCUGUUCGCCGCUUUGCCACCCUGUUUGUCAACGUGAACGUGACGUCUGAACCCCAUGAGGUCUCAGCCCUCUGGUUCCUGUGGUACGUGAAGCAGUGCGGAGGAACCAUGAGGAUCUUCUCCACCACCAACGGGGGGCAGGAGAGGAAGUUUGCAGGCGGCUCGGGUCAGAUCAGCGAGUGCAUGGCCAAAGAGCUCGGUGAAAGAGUGAAGCUGCAGUCACCGGUCUACAGGAUCGACCAGAGCGGAGACAUGGUGGAGGUGGAGACGUUGAACAAGGAGACCUACACGGCCAGAUACGUCAUCGUGGCCACUCCCCCCGGGCUGAUCCUUAAGAUGCACUUUAACCCGGAGCUGCCCCCCCUCAGGAACCAGCUGAUCUACAGGGUCCCCAUGGGCUCCGUCAUCAAAUGCAUGGUCUACUACAAGGAGAACUUCUGGAGGAAAAAGGGUUACUGCGGUACCAUGGUGAUCGAGGAGGAGGGGGCUCCUAUCGGCCUGACUCUGGACGACACUAAGCCUGAUGGGACGGUUCCUGCUAUCAUGGGAUUCAUCCUGGCCCGGAAGUGCAGGAAGCUGGCAGGUCUGACCAAAGAGGAGAGGCUGAAGAGGAUCUGUGAGGUCUACUCCAGAGUUCUGGGCUCCCAGGAGGCUCUCCAUCCGGUGCACUACGAGGAGAAGAACUGGUGUGAGGAGGAGUACUCCGGAGGCUGCUACACGGCUUAUUUCCCUCCUGGAACCCUGACCCAGUUUGGCCGGGUUCUGAGGGAGCCUGUCGGCAGGCUGUACUUUGCAGGAACGGAGACGGCGUCAGAGUGGAGCGGCUACAUGGAGGGGGCGGUGCAGGCUGGGGAGCGGGCAGCCAGAGAGGUCUUGUGUGCAAUGGGUAAAAUCCACCAGAGUCAGAUCCACCAGCCGGAGCCGGAGAGCCAGGAAGUUCCUGCUCUGCCGUUCGUCACCAGUUUCUGGGAGAGGAAUUUGCCGUCGGUCGGCGGUUUCCUAAAGUUGGUGGGCGUCUCCACCGUGCUGUCUGCUGCUGCUGCGGCAGGCCUGGUGGCCUACAAGAAGGGCCUCCUCCCCAGGAGUUAAACUACCUACACCAGCCUCCUCCCUGGUCUGCAACUCAAAGGGUCACACCUCCAUAGAAACCUCUGCUGUGUCUUUAUCUGUGUUCUUUGUUUGGGGGGGUCUGAAAGAUGGACUCUUCAAACCUGCAGAAACCGUGAUCCACCUGUGGGUCUGUAGUCUUAGGGAUGAGAAGGUCUGACUGUUAAUCAGCACUUCAUCUGUAAACCACAUAAUUAAACAAAUGAAGGAAAAAACUAUCUGAAAUC